UUACACUUCACAAUUUGGUCUUGUUUUUUGAAGGGUUUUAACUUAUUUCUAUUUGCAUCAAAGAUUCAACGUUUUAGGUAAAAAAAUGCCCAAUACACCUUUCAAAAUUAAAUUUAUUUUUAAAAACAGCAAAGAUAAGAACAAAUCAGGAGAUAACAAUGCCCGUGUAUCCGAUACGCCUAAAAGAACAAACCAAAAUGGCAGAAAAAGACUCUUUAGCGAAGAAAUCGAUGAAUUUUCAUCGGAGGACGAUUAUUCCCCGGCACCUUCCAGUCCCCUUUCACCUUCACCAUCACCCUGCAGCUUCUCGCCGCCCAAAGUAAGCGAAGAGCUGCGACAAAGAGACCGUAACAUCAAAGAACGCGAGUCAUUUCUUAAAUCCUUCCUCAACGAUCCUGAGUUUGCCGAAGCCGUCCAGAGCAUUGGCCUCCUCUCGGAUAAACCAACCAGCCGACCUGCUUCAAAAACCAAACAACCGAGGCGCCGAAGGGCCUCUUCAGACUCGGCGUUCCGUAGCCACUGUCAAAUCCCCGUGGAAAAGCGGAAAUCCCUGCGAUUACAGAGCAAAGAACCGCAGUUCUCUCAUUCCGACCUUCCGGACGAAUCCUCGAAGAGGUAUUACGAAUCCGACGAGGAUGUUACAAAUUUAGAAGAAAUUGUGUACAAACCGACUAAACGACGAAGGAUUACAGCCAGGCCGACCGAACGUAGGGAUAUUCUACGUGUCGAAGAUGUAACGGAUGCGAUGAUAGAAAACAUAGCCAAAAAGGUGGCUGAUAAGGUGUACAGCGCGGAAAAAGGCACCAGUUGUCACCAGUGUCGCCAGAAAACUACUGAUACCAAGACCUUCUGCAGAUCGCAGGACUGUAUAGGCUUAAGGGGGCAGUUUUGUGGAGUGUGUUUGUUGAAUCGUUAUGGAGAAGAUGCAGCAGCAGCAUUAAAGGAUCCCGAUUGGGAAUGCCCUGUGUGUCGUGGUGUUUGCAAUUGCUCAUUUUGUAGGGCUAGAGAUGGGAAACGUCCCACCGGGAUUUUGGUGCCUCUUGCUCACAAAGCUGGACAUAAAUCUGUUAAGGACUUUUUGGAUAGCUUAAAUGGAACAGGGGAUUAUGCAGAUCCUACCAAAAACCCAAAUAAUUUACUAGGUUUCUCUGAAGAUCUACAAUUUGCUCAUAUGGGAAAUGGUGUUAAAGUCUACGUAGGACAAGGGCUACAUAGCCUGGAUGAAGAAAAAUCAUUAAUUAGUGAAAAUGAAAUUAAUGAAGUUUCAUCUCCCGUUCCAGAAAACCUAUUAGGUUUUACCGAAGAUCUGAAUUACGCUGUAAUUGAAGGAGGGGUUGAAGUUUAUAUCGGCUCACACAGUUUAUCUUAGUGUAGGUUUAUCGAAAUGAUGUUUAAAAUAUUUUUUACUUUUUUACAUUUUGUAUUGUAGUUAUUUUAUCGUAUUUUGCGAUUUGCCGCAUUUAUUUGAUCUACCAGCAAAUAGCAAUAACUUGC